UCAUGGUCUUUCGCACCGAGUACAUCCUAGCAAGACCGACCCCGAUAGCGAAGCUAGGGUUUUUACUCCACCAUAACAAUACGAUACAAACCCCUCUCUCUCUUGUUGUAGGAAUUUGUGCUGCGUUUCUGUGAAGAAAGAGACAACUCUGUUACCGAACCACGAAGCAGCCAUGGCGACCAAAGUCCAGAGGAUUAUGACCCAACCCAUCAAUCUCAUAUUCAGGUUUCUUCAAAGUAAAGCUCGUAUCCAGAUUUGGCUUUUUGAGCAGAAGGACUUGAGGAUUGAAGGACGCAUUAUUGGGUUUGAUGAGUACAUGAAUUUGGUUCUGGAAGAUGCCGAGGAAGUCAAUGUAAAGAAGAAGAGCAGAAAGUCUCUGGGAAGGAUCCUGCUAAAAGGGGAUAACAUCACGCUGAUGAUGAACACGGGAAAAUGAUGGCGGGCUCCUGAUGGUGCAUGUGCUGACAAUAUCUUGUCGAUGUUGCAUUAGUGACAGAAGCCAGAUAUAUUGCAAUUUCUAUGAGCAAUUCUUGUGAUAAUGAUGCUUGCUAGGGACUAAAAUAGGGAUCAGAUCUCAUGGCUUUUGUAUUGUUUUUCACCUUAAUGGUCUACUUCUGUUUUAUGCUGCAUAUCGAUUGCUUUGAUCUUCUAAUUAUUAUUAUAUUUGGAAGGGUGGAUCACAAUUGGUAAACUAUGUGAAGCUUAUAAAAAUAGACAAUAAUUUGUGUUUAA